AUGCAGAGAAAUGGAGAGCUAGAGAGCAUGCGAGGCAGAGAAAAGGAGAGCGAGAGAGCGUGCGAGGCAGAGAAAGGGAGAGCGAGAGAGCUUGUGCAGCAGAGAAAGGGAGAGCGAGAGCGCGAGGAAGGCAUUGAAAGGGAGAGCGGGAGAGGAUACGAGGCAGAGAAAGGGAGAAGCGAGCGAGGCAGAGAAGGCGAGAGCAGGAGAGUGAGAGAGCGUGCCAGGCAAAGAAAGGGAGAGCGAGCGUGGCAUGGAGAGCGAGAGAGUGAGCGAGGCAGAGAAAUGGAGAGCGAGAUAGCGAGCGAGGCAGAGAAGGGGAAAGCGAGAGAGCGAGCGAGGCAAAGAAGGGAGAGCGUGAGAGCGAGCGAAGCAGAGAAAGGGAGAGCGGGAGA